AUUUUUUAAUGAUACCCCAUCUAGUGUCACUAUUUACAAUGAUUGGUUUAAAGAGUUUAAGCGUGGACGUAGCAAUCACAAUGAUGAUCCGAGGAACAUCCUUUAACAGCGACUACUGAUAACAGAUAACACCAGUGCUGUCCGACGCAUGAUACAGGAAGAUAAGAGAGUGAACUAUCAGUAGAUACGGCAUUGGUGUGAGUCAAGUUCAAAAAAUAUUACACGAACAUCAGGAAGCUUUGUACCAAAUGGAAUCCCCAGCUUUAACCGUCGACCAGAAACAGCUUCGCAUGGACUGGUGUCUCCAAAUGUUAGAUAAGUUAAAGGACGGUGACUCAAAUGCUGUAUUUGACAUCGUCACAGCUGAUGAAUGCUGGAUAUAUUGCUACGAACCCGAAACCAAAAGACAAUCAGUUCAGUGGGUGUUUCCUUUCGAGGAUCGACCCACUAAGGUAAAGAAAGGAAGAAGUUAAGGAAAAAAGAUGAUUGCCUCAUUCUUUGGUCGGAAAGGUCAUUUCAGUUGUGCUAGAAGAUGAAAGGACAGUUACUGCAGACUGGGCUAGAAAGCAUGGAAUUUCUCCCUGAGCACAAUGCCAUCAAGUUCUUCGGAGAGACAAACUUGGAUCAUCUUUAUAAGAAGGAUGGCCUAAUUGAGGGCUUUAAAGAUGUGCCUAUGACUGUUGUCAGUGAAAAUGGAUCUGUUAUAUUUAAUUUGCAGACCAGACUAUCUCGCUCCGACACACGACUAACCGUGAACACAUCUGGAAUCUUUGUGCGAGGAGUGAAUUCAUUUGAAAUAGUCGAACCUGUGACCGGUGAAACUGUGUUCAGUACUGAUAGUGCGGAGUUAACACUCACAGAGUCUGUUAAUAAUUUGCUUGCCAAGCAAGUGUCAACAAAGCGUAUAUCGUCUCCAGUAGAUGAGGACCUGUUAAUCCGGGCAGACAGUUCUCUUCAUCUGCAGGGUGCUGAAGGCACUCAUAUGGAAGCCAAAAUGCUCCACUGGUCUGCAGACCAAGACAUCUAUUUGAGGUCCAUUAAUGGAUCCAUCGUUAUAAGCGGGAAAGAAGGUGUCUUCAUUGACGUCAGGUAUUUACCCAUAGCCGCCCCCCUGACACGGGGAGGGGGUAUUGGGCAAUUCAAAGUGUGUGUUUGUAUGCCCCAGGGUAAGUUGUUCAGGGUGGCCGUACCCUCUGGCCAGAAAGUGACAUGUUCACAUGUCAAUAUGACAGGGGAUUUGAAUCCAUGUCUGUAAAUUGCUUUAAAAGAAGAGAAAAUUGUCCAAUCGUAUUGUUGUCGUCAUUUGUUAUUUUUGUCCUCGUUGCUAUAGUAACGGUGUACGUAGAUGAAGUACGUAAAAGAUUGGGUCUUAUUACGAAAGAGAGACAGUCAUAUAUAGAAAUGUAUAGGAGUGAACAAGACAGUAUGUUUAUUUGCGUCUAUUUUUAUGACUUUAGUCUCGUUCUACAGAUUAUUAUGACAGUGAACUUAGAUGAAGUACGCAAUAGAUUGGGUCUUAUUACGAAAUUGAGACAGUCAUAUAUAGAAAUGUAUAAGAGUGAACAGGACAGUAUGAUUAUUUUGUUUGACUUUAGUCUCGUCCUACAUAUUACUAUGACAGUGAGCUAAAUGAAAUGCGCAAUAGAUUGGGUCUUUUUACCAAUUUGGGACAGUCAUAUAUAGAAAUGUAUAAGAGUGAACGAGACAGUAUGGUUAUUUGCGUCUGUUUUGUAUGACUUUAUUCUCGUUCUACAGAUUAUUAUGACAGUGAACUUAGAUGAAGUACGCAAUAGAUUGGGUCUUAUUACGAAAUUGAGACAGUUAUAUAUAGAAAUGUAUAAGAGUGAACAGGACAGUAUGGUUAUGUUGCGUCUAUUUUGUAUGACUUUAUUCUCGUUCUACAGAUUAUUAUGACAGUGAACUUAGAUGAAGUACGCAAUAGAUUGGGUCUUAUUGCGAAAGAGAGAGUCAUAUAUAGAAAUGUAUAAGAGUGAACAGGACAGUAUGGUUAUGUUGCGUCUAUUUUGUAUGACUUUAUUCUCGUUCUACAGAUUAUUAUGACAGUGAACUUAGAUGAAGUACACAAUAGAUUGGGUCUUAUUACGAAAUUGAGACAGUCAUAUAUAGAAAUGUAUAAGAGUGAACAGGACAGUAUGAUUAUUUUGUUUGACUUUAGUCUCGUCCUACAUAUUACUAUGACAGUGAGCUAAAUGAAAUGCGCAAUAGAUUGGGUCUUUUUACCAAUUUGGGACAGUCAUAUAUAGAAAUGUAUAAGAGUGAACGAGACAGUAUGGUUAUUUGCGUCUGUUUUGUAUGACUUUAUUCUCGUUCUACAGAUUAUUAUGACAGUGAACUUAGAUGAAGUACGCAAUAGAUUGGGUCUUAUUACGAAAUUGAGACAGUUAUAUAUAGAAAUGUAUAAGAGUGAACAGGACAGUAUGGUUAUGUUGCGUCUAUUUUGUAUGACUUUAUUCUCGUUCUACAGAUUAUUAUGACAGUGAACUUAGAUGAAGUACGCAAUAGAUUGGGUCUUAUUGCGAAAGAGAGAGUCAUAUAUAGAAAUGUAUAAGAGUGAACAGGACAGUAUGGUUAUGUUGCGUCUAUUUUGUAUGACUUUAUUCUCGUUCUACAGAUUAUUAUGACAGUGAACUUAGAUGAAGUACACAAUAGAUUGGGUCUUAUUACGAAAUUGAGACAGUCAUAUAUAGAAAUGUAUAAGAGUGAACAGGACAGUAUGAUUAUUUUGUUUGACUUUAGUCUCGUCCUACAUAUUACUAUGACAGUGAGCUAAAUGAAAUGCGCAAUAGAUUGGGUCUUUUUACCAAUUUGGGACAGUCAUAUAUAGAAAUGUAUAAGAGUGAACGAGACAGUAUGGUUAUUUGCGUCUGUUUUGUAUGACUUUAUUCUCGUUCUACAGAUUAUUAUGACAGUGAACUUAGAUGAAGUACGCAAUAGAUUGGGUCUUAUUACGAAAUUGAGACAGUUAUAUAUAGAAAUGUAUAAGAGUGAACAGGACAGUAUGGUUAUGUUGCGUCUAUUUUGUAUGACUUUAUUCUCGUUCUACAGAUUAUUAUGACAGUGAACUUAGAUGAAGUACGCAAUAGAUUGGGUCUUAUUGCGAAAGAGAGAGUCAUAUAUAGAAAUGUAUAAGAGUGAACAGGACAGUAUGGUUAUGUUGCGUCUAUUUUGUAUGACUUUAUUCUCGUUCUACAGAUUAUUAUGACAGUGAACUUAGAUGAAGUACACAAUAGAUUGGGUCUUAUUGCGAAAGAGAGAGUCAUAUAUAGAAAUGUAUAAGAGUGAACAGGACAGUAUGGUUAUGUUGCGUCUAUUUUGUAUGACUUUAUUCUCGUUCUACAGAUUAUUAUGACAGUGAACUUAGAUGAAGUACGCAAUAGAUUGGGUCUUAUUACGAAUUUGAGACAGUCAUAUAUAGAAAUGUAUAAGAGUGAACAAAACAGUAUGGUUAUUUUGCGUAUAUUUGUUUGACUUCGGUCAAUAAUGUCAAGCAUAUGAUUUUAAAUGUAUAAUUUGUUCUUAAAUAAUUAUUAAUGUUUGUUUUAGUCUACAUAGCAUUUAUUUGUUAAUAAUUAUACCGUUAAAGCUGCAUAUGUCAAUGCGUCAUGAGCGCUGUCAGCUGUCAAACCUGCAUAAUGUAUACUUGUAUCCACGCCAUCUAGUGACAAGUCACCCAAUUUAAGGAGUAGUUAUCCUCCAAUGAGGCGAAAGUAUAGAACAACAUUAGGUAUAAGAUGCUUUUACAUACCAACAUAGGACUAUCAUCCGGACCCUAAAAUGCUGGAAACCAUUCGUGACUGACCCAUGCCCUCAUGAUACUUAAGCGAGCUUUUUUAAAGUCCCUAAAUAAUGGGUUUAUAUAUAAUAAAGUUUCUUUGUCUAUUACCUAAAUAUAUGUCUUAGUUUAUAACAUAUGUUGUUGGAUACUUCUGGUCCUUCGGGAACGGAAUAUAUGAUUUGUAAUUAAUUGCCGAUAUUUAGCAGAAUUGUUUGAUAUUGUUGUAGUUGUAAUAGCACAAAUUAUAUCUAGUCAAUUGUCUAGUCGAUGUAAAAAUAUGUAAUAUAUAAUGUAUAUUA